UCCCCACCCCUCUGGGCAGUAAAGCAGGUUGGUGGGUAUGUUGCUGAGAGGGUGGACCCAGAAACUGCGCUUAUUGCGCUCACUCUCCUGCACACUCGGUCCAGUGAACUGUCGCAUUUGUUCACGUUCAGACGUUCGUCCUCAGUGCAGGUCAACAGCUGCUGAAGUCAUGUCUGCCUUUCUGCAUCGCUGUCCAUUUCUGAAGUCUGCUCCGGGUCCGGCGCUGAGACAUGUGGGGGGAUUUCUGGGUAUGGCUGAACGAUGCCCCAUCAUCGUGCGCCAGGUCACCGUCCAGUCCACGCAGAGUCAUGAUGAAAAAGGCUUGCUGCCGCAGAAGGAAGUCAAGCGCUCCUUGGCUACAUCUGCUGCUCAGGUUGCUGUGUCCAUGACCGAGGCCUGUCCCUUUGUCUCCUCUAAGAUUGGACUAGUUAAAGCCAGCCCUCAAGUUCAGGAGGAUGUCCACUCAGCGCUGCCUCCUAUUGCAGAGGAGGAAGUCACUUCAGGAACGAUCAGUUCUGUGUUUAGUGGCUUACAGGGCCUUCAGUCAUCUUUUCCAUCCCACCUUCUCAAGGACAACAUUGUUGGAUCCAGUUUUGACUAUGAUGACUUCUUCACCCAGAAGAUCAUUGAGAAGAGGAAUGACCACACCUACCGUGUCUUUAAGACGGUGAAUCGGUUUGCGGAUGUUUUUCCCUUUGCUGAGGAUUAUUCCUUUCCAGGACGCCUUGGCUCACAGGUGUCUGUUUGGUGCAGCAACGACUACUUGGGCAUGAGUCGCCAUCCACGCGUCAUUAAAGCAAUAUGGGAUGUUUUGGAAAAACAUGGUGCAGGAGCAGGUGGCACCAGGAAUAUCUCUGGGACAAGUUACUACCAUGUGGCUCUUGAGAAAGAACUGGCUCUUCUUCACCAAAAAGAUGCAGCCCUUGUCUUCUCCUCAUGCUUCGUGGCCAAUGAUUCCACCCUCUUCACUCUAGCAAAAAUGCUUCCAGGCUGUGAGAUCUAUUCAGACAUGGGGAACCAUGCAUCCAUGAUUCAGGGCAUCAGGAACAGUGGAGCCAAACGUUUCAUCUUCCGACACAAUGAUGCAAGACAUCUAGAAGAGCUGCUCAGUCGCUCUGAUCCGAGGACACCUAAGAUUGUGGCAUUUGAGACAGUGCACUCCAUGGAUGGAGCUAUCUGCCCCCUAGAGGAGCUGUGUGACGUUGCACACAAAUAUGGCGCUCUCACCUUUGUGGAUGAGGUUCAUGCAGUAGGCCUGUAUGGACCACAUGGAGCAGGGGUCGGUGAGAGAGACGGCGUCAUGCACAAGAUCGAUAUUGUCACUGGUACACUGGGUAAGGCAUUUGGCUGUGUAGGGGGCUACAUAGCCAGCACUGCUGCGCUGGUGGACACAGUGCGAUCCUAUGCAGCAGGCUUCAUCUUCACCACCUCACUGCCUCCCAUGGUGCUGGCUGGAGCUCUGGAGUCUGUACGGGUUCUGAGGAGCUCAGAGGGUCAGGCUCUGCGCCGAGCUCACCAGAGGAAUGUUAAACACAUGAGGCAGCUUUUGUUGGAUGCAGGUCUGCCUGUCAUCAAUUGCCCAAGCCACAUUAUCCCCAUACGGGUUGGAAAUGCAGAGAAAAACUCCAAGGUGUGUGACAUUCUGCUGGAGAGACACAACAUCUAUGUACAGGCGAUAAACUACCCGACUGUGCCACGUGGAGAAGAGCUGCUGCGUUUGGCACCAUCCCCUUUCCACAACCCCGUCAUGAUGGAUUACUUUGUGGAGAAAUUGGUGGAUGUAUGGCAGGAAGUUGGACUGCCACUCAAUGCCCCUGCAACAGCCUCCUGCACUUUCUGUGACCGUCCCCUCUACUUUGACCUGAUGAGCGAGUGGGAGAAAAGUUACUUUGGCAAUAUGGAGCCAAGAUAUAUUACAGUUGCAGCACAAUAAGAAAAAUGAAAGGGAAGAGAGAUGGAAAGCAACAUUCAGUAUAAUCAGCUGAAAAGAUCAUUAUUAAAGAAAAAAUCAUAACUGCUGAGAUAUCUUCUUUUACACUGUCAUACAUAUUGCUGCCUGCUGCAGUUACGUCAUUAGUACUGGCUUUGGUGCUGUUGGAUUAUAUACCUUUUCAUGGAAUAUUAGGUCUGUGUCCCCUCUGCAUUAUUAAAAACCUGCACAUGGGCACUUUUAAUGGAAACUAUUUAAAAAUAUUUAAAUACUUUAAUUUUUUAUUAUUUAUAUUAUAUUUUAUUCACAAUCCAUAUCUAUGUCUCUUAUGCAUUAGACUUGAGUUCGAAUGCAUUAGACUUGAGUUUGACUUGAGUUUGAAAAGCUUUAUCCCAAAGUCUUGACUACAGCCUAAAUAGGCAACAACAAACAUGGUCUUACACUUGCUAAUUUCACAACACCACGUUCUAAAAAAGAUAUGAAAGUUAAGGUUAUUGUUAGGGGCAGGGUUGGGAUUCGUACCUUUUCUUACAACUCCAAAUCAAAUUGGUGUAUUUAAUUGGAAUUUACACUGCACAUUAACUUACACUAGUUUGCUAGGUAACCGGCUAAUCAUUAUUUUCUCUAAUUUUCCAAAUUACAUGUACAUUUUUAGGCUUCAGAGUCCUUUUAAACAGCAGAACCUUUGUGAUAGCAGCUGAGAAAUACAGCCCACCUCAGCUGAAGCUUAAACACUGUGAUGCACCUGUUAUCUUAUUAAAUUUCCUAUUUGGGUUUUGCAUUUAGGCAGGAGUGUGCAUAAUGAUCCCAGGAAUAUACAGAAUCAAUCUACUUUGCUUCUUCAGAUCAUUUUAUUUUCAUGAGGUCAAUGUUUUAUGAGAAAUAAAAUCAAACAACACUCUUGAA